UAGUGAGUUGAAAGAAGCAAAAUUCCAACACUCUAUUGACCCGAACCUUAUCGGUUGUAUCGUCGCGAGUAAUAAAUAAAAAAUACGCUUCUUGAAGUUUACUUUGAAAACAAGUGAGCAAGUGUUAAUUUCUUUUAAUAUAAAAUUAAAAAGAUAAUAGAAUGUCAAUUUGCCAAUAUAGAUCAGAAAUGAUUAAUAACAACAACGAAGAUGACGAGUGUCGUGAGAUAAAGUUGGUUAAGCAUUUGGGGCAUUCUUUACCUGAAGUCGGUUCGUUAUCGGAUUUAAUAAGGGAGCUUAAUAAGUUAUUUGAGAGCGAUAAUGUGAAUGUUGACUUGGUGCAUUAUGUGAUGAAAACUUACAAGUCGAACCCAGUGGAAUGGAAAAAAUUUGCUAAGUUUGACAGAUUCAGAUACACAAGAAACCUUGUUGACAAUGGCAACGGAAAAUAUAAUCUGAUGUUACUUUGUUGGGGUGAAGGGCAGGGAUCCGGGAUACACGACCACGCCAACUCGCACUGUUUCAUGAAAAUGCUUCAAGGAUCACUGGAAGAAAUCAGAUUUGCCUGGCCAGAAAAAGAAGAAUCAGAACUGGGAGAAAUUGGGAGGACUAGAUUGAAUUUAAACGAAGUUUGUUAUAUUAAUGAUUCUCUAGGAUUGCACAGAGUGGAAAACGUUUCAAGCUACGACACUGCCAUAAGCCUUCAUUUGUACUGUCCACCAUACGAUCGAUGUACUGUUUUUAACCAGAAAAAUGGAAAGAAGACGUCUUCUACUGUCACUUUCUAUUCGAUGUUUGGAAAGAAAAACAAAGAAAUCGAAGCGCCCAUUCCAGAGGACAACUAAUAAAUGCAAUCCAAUCCAAUCCAAAUGGAAGAAUUAUUAUUUGUUAAUAAAGUAGUAAAAAAUAAAAUAUAGUAAGCAUAAUUUUCUGUUCGAAAACAAUAAUAAUUUUAGUUUUUUUUUUAACAAUCUUAAAAGUUCAGAAAAUAAUCGAACCUCUGUGAUUUGGUUAUAAUAAUUAUAUAAGUUUGAGGUCAUAAGUUUAGUUGCUAAAGAUUUAGGAAUAUCAAAGUCCGCACUUCGCAGGCUUUUAUACUGUUAGGGACCGGAGUUGACAAAUGCCGCUUAUGUUGAGAAACCCGGAGUUUUUCGCUGACUCCAAUGUAGUAAUCUCGAAUUAUGUCUAGGCCUUGUACCUAUUAUCCGGUAUUUUAAUAAGGUAAAAAGUAAAACUCGAAAUUACUUGAAGGUUUAGUUUAUUUCAACUCUGAAAAAAACUGAUUUUACAUCAGUGCGACUGCUACAACCCGACUGUUCGUUGUCGAUCUUAAAAAGCGACUGCCUACUCCGAUUCUAAAUCUUGACUCAUCUAUUUUUUCUGGCUAAAAGAACUUCGAUAAUUCUGGUUUUUUUCUCAAAAAAUUGACUUUGGCCUCGAUGAGGCCAUCGGCAAUUUCAUUUAUAAUGCCAACAUAAUAACGACAUUGUUUUUUCGUUAAAAACUUCACCAAAACAAAAUCAUUAAGUUUCAGUUUCAAUUUUAUCUCAUUGAAUUCGGUUUCAGACGAUGAGUCAUGCAGCGACACUUCUUCACUGGAUUCUGAUUCCUCAUCUUCACAUUUUUUUUUUUGUUACUGUUUUCUUUUCCAUCGGAUUUCUCAUUGAAAGUUUCAAAUUCGCUAAACACAUUUUUUUAACACUACCUGCCUUCUUAUUCCUUUCAUUUGCCAAUCUUUCUAGUUCCUCUUUCUCGGGGGUAUCUGUUAGAAUCCUCGUCCUACCAGGCUUUCUACCUCGGCUAGACGUACUCCGCGGAGGAGCUUUCGGAAAUGGCCUUAUGAAGGAUGGACUUAUGACAUCCUUUUCUUUCUGAAAUACGGUAGUAGUAGAAUGUAAUUCUGCUCAUUUAUUUGGAGAUAAAUUGGCACUAUUAGCGGCUACUGUUUGUAGUGAGCGGUCGGACACAUGUGAUGAAAGAAAAUCAUCUUCGUCAAAAUUCUCUCUAUUAAAUGGAAAUUGCCUGUUUUGUAAAAUGCGGAUAAUAUGUUUUUUGGGGUAAAUGAUUCCACAAAUGCUUUAUUCACAAGUUUAGGGACAGGAUACACGCCAACGGGUUUACCGGGACUAGAAAGCAUCAAAUCAUUUAAAGCCACAUUAUAACGCUUUUUAAAUGGCCUAUAAACUCCUACAUCAAGUGGUUGGAGCCUGUGAUAACAGUGGGGUGGAAAUAUUACCAUAACAACUCAUUUGCCUUUUGCGUAUUGAAUUGUUUCUAUGGAAAUAUGGCUUUCGUGAUUAUCGAGUAAUAGCAAAACAGGAUUUUCCUUGGUAGCCUGAGUGAAAUGAACAAAAUGAUCCAUUGGUUUACGGAAAUUUUCUGUGUUAUCCAGCCCUUCUUAUAAGCUACCUAAUGCUAAACUUCCAACAGGAGCACCUUCAGUCAUAUAAAGUUUUGUAUUAGCUUUCGGGAACACAAAAACUAGUGGGAUGGUUCCUCCGCUCGCAUUUAUAAAACAACACACUGUAACUAACGUGCCCCGUUCAGCAGAUGUUUUCUGGCCGACCUGCUUGCUUCCUUCCUUUGCUAUAACAUUUGGAGGCUUUAUUUGCACAGUGAUGCAACCAGUUUCAUCAAGAUUAUAUAUCUUGUUUGGUGAAAACUGGUACCUUUCCAAAACAGCACCCAGAUUUUCAUAAAAUUUGCCCACAUUUGUUUUAUUGAAUCUCGUAGCGCGUGAGAGGCUAGUUGGUUCUGGAGCCCUUAUGGAUAAUCUAGGAUGUCUUUCCAUAAAUCCAAAUAGCCAAUCAAGGCCAGCCUAUUGACUAGUAGGCCAUUUUUCAGGUAUUUAAACCUAUAAAGCAUUAGCAUUUUGGUAGGCA